CCCUCCUCCCUUGGUAUAUAUAGCCUGUGUGACUAUCAGAGUUCUCCUGGCAGCCAUCAUGAAGGGUACGGUCUUGAUCUGCUGUUUCCUCUCCCUGCUGCUUUUGCAGGCCACAGCAGAAGAGGAAGAUUUAGCCUCCAGCGUCCUCAGAGACAGAUCUCACAUUGACGAGACGCUGCGGCUUGCAGCUGAUGAAAAAGCAGGAGACUAUGCAGCGGCUAUCGAGAGGUUGCGGAAGAUCUACCACACAUCCAUCAAGCCCAUGGAGCAAGCGUACAAGUACAAUGAGCUGAGGCAGCACGAGAUCUCAGCCUACCCCGGAAGAACCUUCGGGGACUCAGACGCAGAUGGAGAGAUUACAUCCAAGCCCAUGGUGCUAUUCCUGGGACCCUGGAGCGUAGGAAAGUCCUCCAUGAUCAAUUACCUCCUGGGCAUGCACGACAGCCCCUAUCAGCUCUACACAGGAGCUGAGCCUACUACCUCUGAGUUCACAGUUAUCAUGCACGGGGAGAAGAUCCGCUCGGUGGAGGGUAUUGUUAUGGCGGCAGACAGCUCCCGGUCCUUCUCCCCUCUGGAGAAGUUUGGACAAAACUUCCUGGAAAAGCUGAUUGGUAUCGAGAUGCCCCACAAACUGCUGGAACGUGUGACUUUUGUGGACACGCCAGGAAUCAUUGAGAACAGGAAACAGCAGGAGAGAGGUUAUCCUUUCAAUGAUGUCUGCCAGUGGUUCAUUGACAGGGCCGACCUCAUCUUCGUGGUGUUUGACCCCACCAAGCUGGACGUCGGCUUGGAGCUGGAGAUGCUCUUCCGACAGUUGAAAGGUCGCGAAUCCCAGAUCCGCAUCAUCCUCAACAAGGCUGACAACCUGGUCACCCAGGACUUGAUGAGAGUUUAUGGAGCGCUCUUUUGGAGCUUAGCACCCCUCAUAAAUGUCACUGAACCCCCCCGCGUCUACGUCAGCUCCUUCUGGCCGUACGAUUACGCCGCUGACACCAGCCGGGAGCUCUUCAAGCGAGAGGAGAUUUCCCUCCUGGAAGAUCUGAACCAGGUGAUUGAAAACCGCAUGGAGAACAAAAUUGCCUUCAUCCGCCAGCACGGCAUCCGCGUGCGAAUCCACGGCCUGCUGGUAGAUCGCUACGUGCAGACCUUUAAGGAGAAGAUGAGUUUCUUCAGCGACCCAGAGCUGGUCUUCAAAGAGAUUGUGGAUGACCCAGACAAGUUCUACAUUUUCAAGUCCAUCCUGGCCAAGACCAACGUCAGCAAGUUUGACCUGCCCAACCGCGAUGCUUACCGUGACUUCUUUGGCAUCAACCCGAUCAACAACUUCAAGCCUCUGUCGGCUCAGUGCUCCUACAUGGGAGGCUGUCUGCUGGAUAAGAUUGAGAAGGCGAUCACCAACGAGCUGCCUGCCUUACUGAGCAGCAUUAACUCUGGCAAGCAGCCUGGCCUGUCCUCCUGCGAGGCCACGGGCUGCGGUGAGAAGCCAAAGAACCGCUACCGGAAGAACUGAGGGAAAUGAAAUAACUUGAGUGGGGGAAGUAAGAAGAGGAGGAGGGGGCCUGGUGGAAGCCAGCCGUGAGUUAGUCAGAAUGCCUGUGUUGUUGAGGAGACAGAGGAGAGGAUAUUAGUGUUUGUUUUGGUCCUCAGGAGAAUAUGUGGAGGUGCAUUUCAGGACUGUGGGGUUGAGGCAUACAGAGGGAGGGGUGGGUCAUUGUUUGAAAAGGCAGCUUAAAGACUCAAGUGCUGAAGAAAAAAGAAGAUGCGCGCCAUUCACUGAGUUUGUUACAUACACGCCCUCCUCUCUCCCUCGCACAUUCACAAUGGACUGUCUGGGUUUUGGGGGUUGGGAAAGUGAUGAUGUGAAGAUAUAUAUAUAUAUAAAUAACAAGAAAGUUCAAAUAAAAAUUGAAUAUCAUAAGACUGAAAAAAGUCAAACACCAGCUCCCAUGUAUGUGAAUAAAACAGGAAAAGUGGAAACAGAAGUUACAAAUUUGAUGUUGUAAAAUCAGUCAAUUCCAUAGGCUUCACAGCUGUUUCUGAAGUAGCUUUUUUUGGGUGCUAAACACAGAUUUUAUGUUUGGGUUGUCAUCCAAACCUGUGUCACUUACAUGGAUUAACUUUAACAUUGCAUGUUAGACAUCACAUCUUAUCUAAUAGAUGCAUGCAUUUCCUUCUAACAUACAGUUCAUGUAAUAUUUCCUCAUGUAACUGAAACCUGAACCAAACCUGCCAUGCAACAGACGAGGCCUUUUUUUUAUUCCAAGUUUUGUAAACUCAUCAGUCCAGGUUGUUGACAACCAGUAAAUCUGCUCAUUGCUUUACUGAUCUUUCUGUUUCUGUUUGCAUCUAUAAAUUUGCCGGCCUUUGGCAGAAAUUCAAAACUGUUUAAUGACUUUUUUUCUUCUUCAAAGAUAAGCUUCCCAGUAUUUUUAAGCUGAGUGACGAUACAAAUAAAACACAAGAGACAUGUUUGGAUUAUAGAUGUCUGUAGACGUUUCUUCUGCAGGCUAGUAAGAUAUAUUAAAUGAUUUUUCUGUGAAAAAGUUCCAAAUAGGCUCCGACGUAAAUAGGCUAAUAGGCUCUGGCAUAUGUGCACAGAAUGAUCCUGCUAUACAAUUUAUAAAAACACUCAUUGCUAGAUUGUGACAGGGGUUUUUCAACUUGUGAAAGUGGGCUGGUGAAUUGAAGAACUUUUGAGUUGAUCACUGACCUCAGACCUAAACAGUACAUCCUAAAAAUGUAUUUACUGUGAUACAUGUCAUAGCUGCAAGUUCUUAUGCCAGCCUACCUCAAUGAACUUCCAGGAGUAUGGCAGGAUAAAAUAGUUUAAAAUAGUUUGACAUUUUAGGAAAGAACACUUACUUGAAACCGUAGAAAAUUUGAUGCUAUUCUACUCUCUGGUCUAAGCUUCCUCGUCUGUCCUCUCCUCUAUCCUCUUGCCUGUGGGCUUGAAAUUGAUUUCAGAUUUCUUGUCUCUAUUCUUAAAAUACUUAAAGGAAAGAGGAGAGAGAAGGCUUGCUUGAGGAGCUACAGGCGAGGAUACAGAGGUGCACAUCUCAGGUAGGAGACAUUAGGAGAGGAAGAAAGUAAGAAGGGAAUAAAAUCAAAAAUUUACAAAAUGAGAAAUGAAAAAAGGCAUUUGUUGAUAAGAUGCAGUAACGUCCUGCACUCCAGGAAACAGAUUUUUCCAGGAAGUCACUUUGCAUGGCUAUGAAAUAGACUUGCCCUUAUCCCCUCCUCAAUUCCAACAUGCCACUUUUACUCUGCCGAAUUCUGCCCAGACAAGCAGAAUAUAUGAUGUGCUGACUGGAGGGCUUCACAGGUUAGCAGACUUUGUUGCAUUGAGACAGACUCAGGCUAACUGUUUCAUUAAGUUUUCCUUAGCUAAGCUAACCAGCGGCUGGCUCCAGCUGUAUCAUUUUUAGGAACCAUACGGACAUAAAAUACAUUUUGGUAUUCCUUAAUGUCAAACUACUUUAAAUAUUGAGUCCAAAAUCAUUAAAGAACAGGUAACGAGCACUGCUCCAAAUGCAUCAAUUAUGUAGUCAUGGACAAAUGCAGUUUGAGCUCCUUCUCUGUCUUCCCUCACUAACCACAUUUAGAGUGUGUUAUACUAAAAUCUAAAUUAUAAUAAAAAGAAAGACCUCACAUUUGCUUGAUUAACCUUUUGUUUAGUUUAUUUUUUUCAGUGUAAAAACUCCCCUGGAUGUGUUUAGUAUGUUUAGACUGCAGAUCUAGAACUUGUCCACUAGAGAGUGCUGUGUAAAAGUGUAAAAAGUUACCCAGCACAUUCACUAACUCAUCAUGGCAACAGUUUGUAGUGGGAUGACAGCUUUGGCUAAUGAUGCUGUAGUGUGUGGUUGUGCUUUUUAACAUAUUUUGGUAUCAGUUAUUAUCUUAAUUUAUGUGUACAUUAAAUCUGGAAUGGAUGUGUGUCCCAUUAAAGCAGUUUUUAAUUCAC